AUGACUGGAGUGACUGGACCGGAAGAUGGUGACGGCUUAGCUGUAAGUAGGAUCGUAUCUCAUCAUGUGUUUGUUGGCUGUCCACCAUGGCCGGAGGAGAAGCCAGUGACCCCAGCUCCAAGUAUCGCCGAUAAGGCAUCCGUUAUCAGGCUACUUUCAGGCCACUACACCCGAUCUAAACUAGUAGGCCCCUCCCCCAUCUUGAGAGGGUCCCAAGUCUUCCAUCCAUUCUUCCCUUCGACGCCUUCACCAUUGCCCGUGAACUGGAAGUUACCGACCAGAUAG